AUGAUAGAUGAUAGGUCUCCAACAACUACAGCCAUCUACCUUUUGCUAGGUGGAUUCUCCAUUGUGUUCUUGGCUCGAACUGUCAGUGGAGUACGUUGUGCCCUAAAACGCAUGUAUGUUAAUGAUGCCCAUGACUUGAACACCUGUAAAAGAGAAGUUACGAUUAUGAAAGAGCUCUCGGGCCAUAAAAAUAUUGUUGGUUAUUUGGAUUGUAGCAUUACAUCAGUCGGUGAUAAUGUUUGGGAAGUGCUUAUUCUCAUGGAAUAUUGCCGAGCGGGACAAGUGGUGAACCAAAUGAACCAGAGGCUGCAGACAGGUUUUGCUGAAACAGAAGUUCUGCAGAUUUUCUGUGAUACCUGUGAGGCAGUUGCAAGGCUACAUCAGUGCAAAACCCCAAUUAUUCACAGAGAUCUCAAGGUUGAAAAUAUUUUGUUAAAUGAUAAUGGAAAUUAUGUACUGUGUGAUUUUGGAAGUGCGACUCACAAAAUUCUUAAUCCACAAGUACAUGGUGUCAGUGCUGUGGAGGAUGAAAUCAAAAAGGAGGGGAAGAUGUUUGAUGGUGCCAUCACAUUGGAUGUCACAGUACCGGUGGAGGACAAUCCUUCAGAUGGUAUCCAGGCGGAAGACGAGGAGUGGUUCUUUAAAUUUGCAUUGCGAGUUGCUACGACACUGGAGGAGGCUGAGGACGGACAUGUCGAAUGGAGAGUGGAGCGGGGAGUUGAAAUGGGCGGUGCCUGGGAGGCUCUUGGAUGCUUGCUGUACAAACUUUGUUUCUUCACUCUACCCUUUGGAGAGAGUCAAGUUGCAAUCUGCGAUGGGAGCUUUACUGUACCAGACAACUCUAAAUAUUCUCAGAAAUUGCACUGCUUAAUACGCUACAUGCUUGAACCAGAUCCAAACAAGAGACCGGACAUUUACCAAGUUUCAACUUGUGCAUUUAAAUUGACUGGAAAGGAAUGUCCGCUGCCAAAUAUAUUUAAUGUUCCCAUCCCAACAGUACUUCCUGAGCCCAUGACUGCAAGUGAGGCAGCUGCCAAGAAGAGUCAAACAAAAGCUAGGCUAAGUGAGGCUGUAGGACCAACGGAGACAUCAAUAGCCCCAAGGAGAAGACCUAAAGCCAAUAGUGCUGUAAAUACAAAUGUUUUACCAAUCCAGAAUACAGUAAAUCCAAUGAAAACUGUAAUCUCAAGUGCCUGUGGAAAUCUUGGCCGAAAAGUUGCUGCACAAGCUGAAAAUGGACAUUUCUUCCAUAUGGCUCAGGGGACCAAUCAACAGCAUCAUAGGGUCCUGCAGCAGAUACAACAAGGAGACUUGAAGCAACAUCAACUCCAACAGUUGCAGCAGCAACAGAUAAUUAAUAGCCAGACUCAAAAGUAUCCGCAGGCUUUGCAGCCGUCAGCACAGCAAUUACAACAGCAACAAUUAAUGAUGCAAUCAAUGUAUUAUCAACAGCAGCAAAUGCCUCCCUACUCACCUGUGCAGGUAGAACAAUAUGAACAGGCUUUUGCACAACCUCCGCUUACUGUGCCCCAGCAUUCACAAUUUCAGUCCUCACCACAUGAAUACCAAACUACGUCAGUGGCAUUUGUUUCUCCGACCUCACCAAUAUCCCAUCAACCUGCUGGCCAUCACAGGAUCCAGAGUGAUGUCUCACACGGUUUAGCUUUUGUGAUCACUGGCAAUAAUCCUUUACAGCCUGUUGGAACAAUGACAGUAGAAUCUUCCAAUAAAUCAGUUAGGCCAACUUCUUUAGAAAUGGAUGGUAUUCCCAAUUGUCCACCACAGAAUAUCAGUAACCCUCCUGAUAUGUCUGGAUGGAAUCCAUUUGGAGAAGACAACUUCUCAAAUUUAACUGAGGAAGAGCUGCUUGAUAGGCAAUUUGACCAGCUCAGAUCAUAUAUGAGUGGUAAACCAGAGCAGAGGAGAACUUCUAUAGAGACAGAAAUUGAGCCACGUCCUAUUCUACAGACCCCAGUUAAGGAAGACUUGUUUGGCUGUAUUCCAUUUGUUUCUGAAACAGGUUCAAAUGGAAAAAGUGAAGAAAAUGCAACAAUUUCAAGUACUGUUUCAGAGUGUGGAUUUAAAAUUGACAAACAAGGACAAGGUGUCCUGUCACUCACUUGUCAAAGCAAAGAAGGGAGAAGAAAUGACUCAAAUUUAGUCAUGCAGCAAGACCAUAAUAAAAAAGGUCAAGACUCAGACAGUGAUUUUGAGUCUGACCCACCUACCCCUCAGAGCAGUGAAGAGGAGGAACAAGAGGAGGAGGAGUUUCAUAGUGAACAAGGUGAAUUUAAUGACGUAGAAGCAGAAACCUUUGGGCAGAGACCUCUGCUAAUGGACUCCGAUGAAGACGAAGAAGUGGAUGAGGAAGAAAAACACAGCUCUGAUUCAGACUAUGAACAGAAAGAGAUGUAUAGUAUAGCAGAACCAGGUUUAGAAUACAAUGCUGACGCUGAAAGUAUUGCAAGUGCUGAAUCAGCAACAGCACUCAUCACCCCUCCAGAUUCACCUCAAGUUAAAGGGAGCAAAACAUUACAGGGUGAAGUUGAUAUAUUCGGUGCUGUGCCAUUUGUUGGUUUGCAUCAGCACGCACAACCCAGCGAAAGAUUAGAAAAUAAAGAGAGUUUUCAAAAUACGUGUUUCAAAUCAGCCACCCAUAAAGAGCAGGAAGAGUUUGAUGUAUUCAGCAAUGCACCUUUUACUAAGAAAUUACCUCAAACGGUUCAAUAUAGUCAGGGUACUCUCACACAGACACCACCUGUCUCACCUAAUGAUGUAGACAUGUUUGGUUCCGCUCCAUUCCAGCCAAUUCAGACUGUACAGUACAGAAAGGAAAGCAAUGAGGAUGUAUUUGGACAUGUUCCUUUUGAAGAGAUCACAGCCAGUCAACUGCACAAGAUGAAGCAACGCAGUUUACAGAAACUUUCAUCUCGGCAACGGCGCACCAAACAAGAGUCAUCUGGUGGAACUGGCAAGCGACAUCAUGGCACACCAACGACGACGAGAAAACCUUCCAAACCUACCUAUAGAACUCCAGAGCGAGUGCGCAGGCAUAAAAAAGUAGGGAGGCGUGAUUCACAAAGUAGUAAUGAACUCCUUAACAUAUCUGACUCCAAGGAGAAUAUUGGUGUAGCACUUACUGAUGGAAAGGAGAAAUGUCAGUCAUUGCCUGCUGAUGAAAGCUUGCUUGAUCCCUUCGGUGCCAAACCAUUCCAUCCACAAGAGCUUCAAAGAAACACUCAGUAUCAAGGGCUAAGUGAUUGUCGAGGAGAACACCAUCCAGUCGCGAGCAGAUCGAGACCAGGUUCUGUACAUGGGGCAUUUCUCGCUGGAGAAGGGCUAACAACAGAUGAUUUUGGGGCAGUGCCCUUUACUGAACUAGUAUUAUGUACUGUUACACAGCAACACAGUGACUUUGAUCCAUUUGGUGCAGCACCAUUUCCUUCCAAACAGUAGAAUAAGUAGUCUUCCAGUAGAACAGAUUCCAUAUCUACUUUGUACAAAACUCAUUUUCCACCACAAGGCCUUACAAACUGGGCUUUUUUCCCCAAUGCUAUGCAAUACCUCUGAGCCAUUGUAGAAGGGGAUAUCCCAGCUGACACUCUCCUUAAAUUUUUAUUCCCAUUGUCUGGAAUUGGACUGUAUGAUUUUUUCAUUUCUUAAUUCUGCAUUUUACAGAAUUUAUAACUUUCUGCAACAAAUCCUGAUUUUUUUUAAUUAACCCUAAAUGUUAGUGAAAAUGAUCGAUUGUUAUGAAAGAGUAUGAGCUUGCAGAACUGCAACUACUGGUUAACAUUUGAGAUUGGUAUUAGAAAGGGAUUGUGGAACUUGAUUAUGUAAAUUAUGUAUCUUGCUAUUUAAGGUGAAGGGUUUCCGAAUGAAUUCCAAUGUGGAAUGUGCUUGUAAUCUUCAGACUAGCAUAAUGUCAGAAUGUGUUUUGCUGCUCUUCAAGUCGUCAUAAUAUGCAGCCACAGUUUUAAAAUGUCAAGACUUACAUGCUUAAAGCUGGAUUUGAAAUGCCCCUGUAUUUUUGUGAUAUUACUGUGUUUUAAAGCUUGUGUUCAGCUAGGCUGCUUCUGUGUGAACGGGAAUCAAACACCCAGCAUAUAGUCUAUUUUUAUUGCUGCGAUAAAGUUUUAAAAAGUGCACUUUUCAGACUUGGACUUGAAAGUGAGCAAGUCUCCUUUUUCUUAUUAUUAGUUUAAUUAUAAUUUGUUAAACCUAUCAUUUUGUAUUGAUCGCAGUCUGCUUCAUGGUUUUCUUUCUACUGUUUUACAUAUAGGGAGCGCUGAUAUUUACUAUUUUCUUUGCAAACUUCAGUUUUCAUUUUAACAAUAUGAUUAGAGGGAUUGGUUUCCUAUACUCCCUUUGUUUAUAUUCAUUGAUAACUGCUUUCCAAUGAAGCAAUAAAUUCAACUUGAAGUUAAGGUUAUAAUGGAUUGAAUAUUUCAUUUGUAUUAAGGAAAGCAGAGAAGCUUUGAUUAGUUCAAGCUAUCUCAAACUCCAGUUAAUUUAACUCAGUUCAUGUUUUUAAAUUUGAAAAUUGUGAAAGUUGAGUAACAAUUAUAAUGAAAUGGUGAAAAUCAACUUACAGGCUGCAAAAUUGAUUGUUCACUCAUCAGACACCGUAUAUUUCAUAUUGUGAAAAACAUCUCAAUCCUUUUUUGCACCUGUGUGUUGUUAAUUGUGUCUCUAUUAGGGAUAAAGUAAAAGGAUUGAUGUUUUCCCCAGUGUGGAAGAAUACUCCUUCAUCAGGAGAAGCCAACUGACAGAAAUCUACAAUAUUUUGCCCAAGAAAUAGAAAAAAUAAUGGGCAUGUUUUCAACAUGUAACCAUUUCUUAGUGCUUAAUAAGCAGCACACGAUGAAGAAUAACAUAUUGAAAAAAUGAACUUCUUUUUAAACAGAUAUGCAGGAUCCAAGCACAGCCACAUUAGCUACGUAAAUGGUGGCACCAACGUUGGCAGUUGAAAUACGGGCAGAGUAUUCAUUCCAGACAAGUUACUGGAAUGGAAUCCUCAUUUAUUGUAUACUAAAUUGUCAGUCAAAUGUAGAAUCAUUUCGAUAACUAUACCCUCAUGGGGACAUGAAGUCAUUUUUAAUACCCCACUUCUUUCAGCCCAGCUAACAGUGAAAUUUAAUUUGGGGCACAAAAUGGAGAGUGGUGAAUCAGCUUCCUGCAAUGUACAGGAUUACAUAUAAAGGAUAUACAGCACAAACAAACCAUGCUGACAUUCAUACUUUACUCAAGCUUCAUUCCCUUCUUUUCUAAUUUAGACUUACCAUUGGAGCAGCAUGGUGGCUCAGUGGUUAGCACUGUUGCCUCACAGCACCAGGGUCUGGGUUCAAUUCCACCCUCAGGCAACUGUGUGGAGUUUGCACAUUCUCCCCAUGUCUGCGUAGGUUUCUUCCCACUGUCCAAAGAUAUGCAGGUUAGGUGAAUUGGUCAUGCUAAAUUUCCCAUGUUGUCCAGGGGCAGGUGGGCUAGCCAUGGGAAAUGCAUGGUCAUGGGGUAUGCUGUUUGGAGAGUCAGUGUAGAUUCGAUGGGCUGAAUGGCCUGUUCCUACACUGUAGGGAUCUAUUCUUUGAAACUCCCUAUUUCCUUCUCCCUCAUGUUUGUCAAGCCUCCCUUUAAAUACGUUGCUAUUAUUUACUUCAUCUACUCCUUAAGGUGGCAUGUUACACAAUUACCACUGUUGGAUUAAAUAGGUUUCAUCUGAACUCACUAUUGGAUUUCUUGGGGACUAUCUUAUGUUGGUAGCCUUACUUAUUGUCUGCUACACAAGCAGUACAAUUCCGUAUCUAUUCUGUAUCAAAAUCUUCCACUACCUCAUUUGUGUUUAACUUAGUUUUCCAAAUAUUUGAGCAGUUGUCAAUUUUAAGUGUUCCUGUAAUUGUUGCAGUCCUCCUCAGUAUUGACUAUCCACCCAAUUUGGCGUCGUCUGUCAACUUAGAUUUCAGAAUCCAAACACUACUACUAAAUUUAAUGUAAAUUGUGAACAUGAAUACUUUACUCUGUACCUUGAGGCCAGCUGGCAAUCCAUUCUGCCACUUGCUUCAAAUCCACAUCCUCUGAUUAGGAAGGGGAAAAAAAAGUACUGCAAAUGCUGGGGAUUGUAGAUAAAACCAGAAAGUGUUGGAGCAUCUCAGAGGCUGCAAGAACAUCUGGGGAGAGAAAGUUAACAUUUUGAUUCCAAAUGAGUUCAACCCAAAAAAAGUCAUACUCCUUCCCUGUCAUUGCUGUCAGACCUGUAGUUUCUCCAGUACUUUCCUGGUUUUUCUCCACAUCCUCUGACAGUUUCAUUUUGGUAUUUUGAGCAUUUCAUCAAAGGCAUUUGGAAAUUCUAGAUAAAUGCCAUCAAUCUUACCACUGUUAUGCUUUACCAUCUCUCAAAUUCAGCAGCAUUGGUCAAGCAAAUCUUUCAUUUUGAAAUCUAUAGUUACUAGUGAUUAUUAUAUUUAUAAUAUUUUAGAAAUCAAAACAUAACUUUGUUUCUCUCUCUGUGGAUGUUCCUUCUCCUGCUGAGGUUCUCAAACUUUCUGGUUUUAUUUUCCAACCUCUAUAGUCUAGUUCUAUUUGUCCUACCACUGAUUGAGCUAUGAUUUCUGGGACACGUUCUGUCCCCAUUCUUAAAGGAAUUACAGAAGUACUCAUCUGCCAAUCUCUGACGCUACAUACUUUUCUAACCAAUUAAAUAAAUAAUACAGGAGCAAAUUACUGUGGAUGCUGGAAUCUGUGCCGAAAACAAAAAAUGCUGGAGAUCGCAGCGGGUCAAGCAGCAUCCAUGCAGAGAAAGCAAGCUAACGUUUCGAGUUGAAACGCUAGCUUGCUUUCUCUGCAUGGAUGCUGCCUGACCUGCUGCGAUCUCCGGCACUUUGCUUUCAGUGAGUGAGUGAGUAAUACCUUUGCUAUCUCUUACCUCUUAUUUUAAAAUACAGAUGGGCAAUGCCUCCCAGACUAGGUCUGUUCAGUACAUACCCUUUUUCAUUUGUCCGUGUUCUAUGUCUUUAGUAAGUACUGAAGUAACAUUUAAUGUUUAUGCUAUCUUCCUCUUGUCUAUUCUCAUCACAGCUUUCCAAUAUUAUAUCCCAAUUGCUUUUCUUUUACAACCAUAGUUAUUGUUUUCUUUCCUCCUCUUCCCACCACCACCACCCCCCCAAAAAAAACUGUUUCCUAUUGCCCAUUGAAGUCAAUGGAAGGGAAAAUUGGAGGAUGUUAGUUUCAUAUUUUAGAUUUCUAGUUGAUCUUCACAUGGGGCUGUUCUGGUGCAGUGGUAGUAUCCCUACCUUUGAAUCAGGAGACCUAGGUUCAAUUCCCACCUGUUAUCAGAAUUGUGUAAUAACAUCACUGAA